AUGAGUAUCAAUCUGGUCCUAGACGAUGACCUGCGCGACCAGCUUGUCGCGUGGAACAGGUGGGGGGCCGUUGCGGGCGGCCCACAAUCUUCAAGCUCUUCCCGGGACUCGGUCGUCGAACUCUGCCGCCACGCAUCAGCCCUCAAGACACAACACGCCCACGACAGCCAGCGCAGCUCGGUGCAGACGGUCAAAUACGUUGGCCGAGAUGAAGGGAUCCACGAGUUCACCAGCAAUAUCCAUCACACCUCCACCCAAAAUCAUGAUGCUGGCAGCAGCGCGGAUCGCCCGGACCCAAGGAUCUCGACCGUAGCUAGCGAUCCAACCUUGACGUUGCAAGACCCGGCAAAACUAUCGCCCCCGCUCCUGGCCUCAGCGUCACCCCAAUCAGCAACGACAAUAACGUUUUGCAGGAUAUCACGGUUUCCUUGUGCCCACCCAUGUGACGUGCCUGACCUGGUGUGCGAGAGCGACACCACUCUGUCCCUCUCGACCUGCUCCGAAGAUCCUGGAACACCCAACCUCGACGACCUCUUCCUGCCACUCACCCAACUUAGUCUUCCCGACCUCCAUCUAGGAGCGUUUGAGCCGAUCAGUAUGGUUCCUGCUGGAGACGAAGACAUUGAUGACGGGGCAUCGAUGACCCCAACCGAGAUUUCCUUUGCAGAAAGCUCCGAGGGCGUCAGGCUUCCUACCGCAGAGAGCGCCCCGCAGAGCAUCAAGUCGCUUGAGAAUGGCUCACAGACUUCGGGACCAGUGAAGCUGUUUCGGCUUCGAACUAGCGCGCAAAAAUCCUCAGAGAUGCCGCUACCGCUGCCAUCCGAGCCCAACCGUAUUUCGAAGUUGUUGCGCAUGCCUUGGGUACCUGAUGACAAAGCCCCGACUGUGUUUGGUGUCGACUUGAAGGAGAGCGUGCGCCUUGCGCCCAUGAAGAUCAGGAUAUUGCACAAAGGCCGCAGUACCUCGUACCGCACAUAUCCGACUUGCGUGUACAAGUGUUGCGAAUUUAUACGAGCCAAUGCACACCGGGACGUAUUUCUCUCUCCCGGUGACCCUGCGAACAUCGCCGCGCUCAAAGCGCUAUUCAACCAGGCCCCAUCAUACGGCCUGCACUUUCGCUUCGAGGAUUACGAUUACACUGUACAUGACGCUGCGCGACUCGUGCUUUUGUUCCUUGAGGAAUUACCAAAGCCUUUGAUUCCCGCGUCGGUUUUCAAAUCAUGGAUCUUGCUUGGCAAGCAGUAUGGCGCAAUUGAACCGUCUUGUCCACGUGUCGAGACUGGUCUCGACUUUUGGACGGAAGCGCUCAACCGACUGUCCACGCCUGCCCGCAAUCUGACCAAACUGUUGUUGACGUUGUUUGCCGAAGUCUUGCUGGACGCCCAUGGGACUAUCCACGAGGCCCACGCCCGGCAGCUUGCCUCCGCAGUUUCUCGAGCACUGUUUCAUCAAGAAAUGCAUACGGCAGAGGAAAAUAGGAUAAAAGGCCGCCGGCGACACACGACGUCGACUAAGCGCAAUGUUCAGCCCACACUCGCCCUGGCCUUUCUCAUCCAGAAGCGCGGUGAGUAUGUCUCAUCGCUCCGCGGGCUGACCAGCGGGAAGGGAGACUCAGAGCUCUUUUUGCCCAGCACAAAGGAAAUCAUGGAGUGGAGGGGAAAGUCCGAGAACAAGGAGUCAGGUAAGGUGUCCGAGACCAGCAAUAAGAUGCCAACCGGUUGCAAAUGCGGCUCUCAGAGUGAUAUUUCCGGCGUGGAGGACGAUCCCAACCCCGUGGCUAUGGUGGCUGGCCGGCCUGUACCCGGACCCGCUGGGACGGACAUACGGCCAAAUCCUUUCUUGAGAGAUUUUCCCGGCAAUGCCUCUCCCUGGCUUGCGGAGGCCUCAGGCCAUGGUGAUUUCCUGGAGUACCACUGCAACAUUUACAUAGUCCACUGGUCCAAGCGGGGAAGGUGGGAGGUUGUGCUGGUCGAAGACCGGUUGAGUAGCUUGUACCUGCUGGCCCAAGCGGGAGAAGUAGGGGUUAAGCUGAUUAAAGACCAGGGGAAUGAGGUGGAGUGGGCCGAAUUUGAACAGGCAAUCUGCUGGGCCAUAGCAGCCAACAUCGACGGUGUCCUCCAAAGGGCAGUGAGACACCGGUAUCAGGUGGUGUGCGUCCAGGAGCCUCCGGUUCUCUUCGGCAGAGUUCGACGUCACCCAGGUUUCACACUUUACGCUAUCGACGACAGAGCCACCAGGGCCGCGAUCUACGUUGACCGGCGGCUCCUGGUCUCGGCCCCAACCGCUCCCGAACACGGGUUAGUUACCGUAUCCCUCCAAGGGAUCACUAUAGUCAACAUCGAUCCCAACUCUUUCAUUGUAGUGGGAGACUUCAAUGCCCAUCACCCGGACUGGGACCCUCGUGCAUGCCCCAACCCUAAGGGCGACAUGGUCAGGACGUGGAUCGCCACGAGGGGACUGCACAUCCUCAACCCGGAAGGCCCUACGCAUCGCGGAGGCGGAGUCAUUGACCUCGCCCUUGGCCCGGCCCGAGCCUUCGCAGAGUUCGCCCACUGGGCCUCCGAUCACCGCGCGCUGCUCGUUUCGAUCCCCAGCCGUUCCCCAAGCCGCCUGCCCCCACCCAAACGUCUCCCUAAGGCCCGUUUCGAAGAGGUAGCCCAUCUACUGAAGUCUCUCCUCCCCCCAGCUCCGGUUACCUUUGACUCCCGGGAGGAGCUCGAGCAGUUCGCGUGGGAUGUCGCUCCCUGGUGGUCGGAGGUGCUGGCUACGGCUAGGGAGAUCGACCCCAUAGUCUAUCACAAGCUCUGUAAGGAGGCUAAGGUAAACUUCUACAGGGAGAAAGUUUCCUCGGCCUCGACCCCGGCGGAGUGGGGCAAGAUACUGAGAUGGCGCUUCGAUCAUUCGGACGACCGACCCACCGUCUUGGUCGUGGACGGGAGGGUGAUCUCGGAUACGGAGCGGAUGGCGGCUUACCUCGCUACACAAGCCUUCCGCCCCGCAGGGGCCCAAGAGGGUCCUCGCCCGGUUUGGCUCGGUCCUCGUCUUCCCCCUGAGUGGGCAGCGAGGCUCGCCGACCCGUCCAGCGACGACGAGCUCAGGGACGCCUUCCUCGGAGCCACAUCAAACACACCCGGCCUCGAUGGAGUGCCCCUGGCCUUUCUCAGACAUGCUUGGGAGCUCGCGACAGUGGUCACCCUCUCAAAACCCGGGAGGGAUCCCCGAUCGUACAAGGGCUGGCGGCCGAUCACCCUACUGUCGACUUUCGGCAAAGGUGUAGAGAGGCUUCUGGCCCGAAGAAUGACGGCAGCGGCGCUAAACUCGGGGCUUCUCCCCCCAGACGUCGCGGGGGCUGUCCCAUCCAGGUCCGCACUGGACCUUGUCCAGGCGCUCGUACACGACGCGGAGACCAUGUCGAGGCAAGGCUACCAUGGGCUCCUGGUCACCCUGGAUGUGGACUCAGCCUACCCCUUUGUCCAACCGCCGAUCCUCCGCGAGGGGUCUUCGUUUAUGUACAUGGACGACCAUGCGCAACUGUCCUGGAGUAAGCACCCGAUUCAACUGGCCCACCAUGCCUCCCUUAGGGUCAGUCAGUUAUGCGCUAAGGCCCGGGAGCUCGGCCUCAGGAUCGACCCAAGCAAGACGGAGGUCCUCUACAUCCCUCCCCGCGGGGCCCGGGCGAAGCGAAGUAGGAUAGACCCCGCGAGGAUCUCAACUCAGGUCGAGGGAGUGUCCCUCUCCCCGAGAAAGUCCAUCAAGUGGCUAGGAGUCUCGCUAAACCCCAAGCUCAGCCCUGUAACUCACGCUGCUGCCAGAGCAUCGGCGACGGCCUCGGUGGGUUGCAAACGCGGCUCUGAGAGCGAUUUUCCCGGUGUGGAGAACGAUACCGACCCCGUGGCUCUGGUGGCUGGCUGGUUUUACCCGGAGCACCUGCUUGACAGGGAGCGGGCACGGUGGAGAAGCCGGGUCGAGAUGUUACCGGCUAAUCACCCUCUGCAUGCAGCUUCUGGCCUCGGGGCUAGGCCCCAGUGGGAGCCCAAACGCCUAGGCGUCAGGGUGUGGCUCGGCCUCCCCCUCGACGCCCCCAAGAGACGCCGAGUGCCUCCCCCAGAUAUGCGUGGAUGGUGGCGGGCUAACAAGCCUGCGUCGGCCCUUUGGGAUGGACACACAGCCAAGCCCUUCCUCGAAAGGUUCUCCCGGCAGUGUCUCUCCCGCUGGCCAGCGGAGGCUUCGGGCCAUGGCAACUUCUCAGAAUACCACUCCCACAGGGGCAUCGACCCCGACACCGACUCGUCGGAGUCGGUGUCGGAGCUGGAGAUUCACAUCCCCGGGUUCGUACAAGUGUGA